AUGAAUAAAUAAUUACUUAAAUAGAAAAUGAGAAAAAAAUUGUUAUUAUAAAAUUUCCUUUUGUAACUAAAUAAAAUGAAUGUGAAUAAGUAAUAAUAAUAAGAUCUAUAUAAAAUGAAAAUGUAGGUUACUCAAUAUAAGUAAGUUUUAUAGAACAAGACUAUAUAAAAAAUUUAAAUAAUUUGGAUAUAUAAUAAGCCAUAUUUUACAAAGAAACAAUGUAAAAAUAAAAAAGAAUAACAUAUAUAAUAAAUGAAUAAUAAUUUCUAAAUUAAUAAUUAAAUGAGAAAAGUUUAAUCAUAUAAAAUUUUAGUUUUGGAAGUUCUAACUAAAAUUAGUUGCCACAAAUAAUUUAAUAUUAAAAUAAUUAUUUACGUGGCAAAAUGA